GUUCAUCAGGUGGUGCUGGAGGCGUCUGUAGGUGGUUGGGCGGGAGACGUUGCUCUGGAUGACAUCACUCUUACCCCUGGAGCUUGCCGUCACUCCGUGCUGAUCCGCGGCUUUGGGACCACAAUCAUCUCAUCCUAAUUCCUCUGGUCUACAUGCAUCCAACGGACCCAGGACCCCCAGACCUGUGUGACUUUGAGGACAGUGACUGUGACUGGACCUCGGAGAGCUGGGUGCGGCGUUCUGGUGGUGGUCCCAGUAGGGAGCCAGGAUCCGAUCACACCACUGACACGCCCCAUGGACAUUACUUUUACCUGGGCUCCUCAAGCUCCCAGCCCCCUGGUCACAUGGCCUCACUGGUCUCCCCAGAAUUCGCUGCGGGAACAGGUGACUGUCUACAGGUCUGGUACCACAUGGAUGGGGACAGCAUAAGUACCCUAAACGUGUAUCAGCAGAGCGAGGAUGGCGGACGCAAACUUGUUUUUUCAAAGACUGGCAGCCAGGGGGAGCUGUGGAGGCUUGGCAAUGUCAGGCUGGAUCCUAUGGAGGGGUCUGCAUUCCGGAUUGUGGUAGAGGGAGUCCGGGGGACAGGAGUAUCUGGGGGCGUCGCCAUUGACGACGUGCUGCUGUCUAAUGGAGCCUGCCCACCCCCUGGAGUCUGCGACUUCCAGGGCAGUCUGUGCGGGUGGACCAACGUUGAGGCAGGCGACCAAGCCGAUUGGCUACGCGGGCGAGGGAGCUCCCCUCUUCCCAGCACGGGGCCCCGCGUGGACCACACCAUGGGCUCCAGCCAAGGCUACUAUGUGUAUGUGGACAGCGCAGUGGGACAGAAGGGUGACAAGGCCAUGUUGUACAGCGAGGUCUUCCAACCAACCCAGGGAGACGGCUGCUUGAGCUUCUGGUACCACAGGCAUGGUCAGAACAUCGGCAACCUCAGCCUCUACAGCGGCACCAGCACUCUCGACAAAACCAGGAACCCCUUUGGCGAUGACGAGAAGGACCUGCUGCUGUGGACAGAGGCCACCAGCCAAGGGGACACCUGGAUAGAGGCCACUGUGGCGGUCAGCAACAUGGAGCCAUUUUGGUUUGUUUUUGUAUACGAGAGAGGGGAGGGUGGGCCGGGACACCUGGCUCUGGAUGACAUCCAGCUCAUCAAAGGAAGAUGCUCCAGCAUCAAUUCCUCCCUGUCUUCUCCAGCUGCAGUUUACGUCGGCGUGGGUUUGGGUCUCGUGCUUUCUGUUGCACUAGGGGUCAUCGCUAGCGUGGUCUUACUGCAGAGGAGUUUGUCCACCAUGAUACCCAGUGUGGGAGACCGUGACGUGGACAACAUCAUCUUCCACAUGCAUGACUGCAAACUAGAUGAACUGGAGACCACAGGUUCCUCUGAGAAGCUGACAAAUACGUCCCCCGCUGUUGACAUGGACACCGAACCAUCGUCAUCGGAAGCCUAGCAGGAAAAACCGAUCAACACUGAUGACUUUUUUAAAGCUAGAUAAAAGUUUGCUGAUUUGAAUGGGACCCUCCAAGCAUGACCUCGGAUAUCUAGCGGAAAGAUUUCCAGGUCAAAGCAUUUUUUAUUUAAGAUCCCUUUAUCCAAAUCUUUUUCAAAAUUUACCGGGUAUUUCAGCGUUUCAUCCUAGUUUGUUUUUGAUGAGUUUCAGCCAGUGAGGGUUUACAAUUGUUUCAGGUAAUGAAAUAUUCCUGAAAGCCUCUGUACCAGCAGGUGCAAUGCCAGAUAUAGGGGGCUGAUAAAACCAUACAUUGUACGUGUUUUGUCCAUAUUCACUUCAGCAUUUGAUGGGUUUGUCAUUUCUCACUGCAAUUUGUGAAAGUAUGGAGUCUGGUCACAGUCAGACACUGGUACGGAGAUCAGUGAUGGAUGAAAGUGUUGGAUGUAAUGAGAAGUUCCACAAUGUGGUCGACAUGUCAAUGCCCUCCAUACAUGUAAUAUGAACUAUGAGCAAUAAA